AUGUUAGUUCAGUCACUGUCAGAUGCAUGCCUAUCACCGUUAUUUCAUCAGAAGGACGGAGAUGGAUUUCAGUUGGGACAUUUUGAUUGUUUCGUUAAUGGAUAUGGGGAAAUUAUAUGCCCCGAGAGUGGUCUGCGAUAUAUUUUCGGACCAGAAUCGAUUGAUCUUGGACCGUGCUGUAAUCCAUGCGAUGAAGAUUGGAUAAGGAUUUUAAAAAAUGAGGAUGUCUUAGUCUUUUCUCGAGGGUAUACCCAUCCUUGCGGAGAUAGAUUGAUAAGAACCGCAAAACAGGUCAUAAUCCCGGAAACACAAAAUAAUCAUAGUUUUCUUGGUGUAGUUUUACGUGAGCGUCAUCCUAGUUCAACUGAAGAUGCUACAGCUGCUUUUCUGUGUCCACCCUUUGGUAUUAUCAAAUUGCAUAAAUUCGCAUUUGGUUAUGAUUCCGAUAUUUCAUGGCCCCCAGUGGUUGGUACACGAUUCUGGGUCACGUUGAAUGAUAAUAUAUCCUCAACUAGAGUAUGGAAAGUGGAUGGUACAGCGAAUGAUGUUGAAUUCGGUGCUAGAAGUGCACCGAUUAAUAUACCAAAACUUUAUCUGUGGCAGUGGAAUAAAACAUUUAAUCAGUCGGGUAUAUUCUCAAUCAAAGAUUUCAUUUUGAAAACAGCUGAAAGUGCGAUCCCUUUAAAUGAAAUUGAAAGGAAUAGCCGAGGUAGUUCAAAUAUGUUAACUUCAAUGGAGGUACAGGAUUAUGAGAAAAAAAAGCGUGGAGAUCGCACAAGUGUACAGAGUAAUAGUGCUGCCAUCAUUUUGUUAUUAGAAAUACUCAAUGAUCAGAACAUAAGAGAUUUGGUUGUUGAAAGGCAUCAAAAAGCUUUCGAGAAUUAUAUAACUGAAAUGUCUCGUUUCUAA